CCUCCCUAUCUGGAGUGUGAAGGCGGAGCGGGAGCGGCUCCGGAUUUCAAGGAACAUUCACAGGUCAGUGCCCAGGCGUUUGAUGCACUGACCCUGCAGCGUGACUACCGGACCUUGCAGUCUGACUGCCCUUCACUCUGACCAUGGUCACCGGGGAGGCUGACUGUCUCUUCCUGCUUGGUUGCCAUGCACUCGCUUGUCGUUCCCGAGCACCGUGGCUGUCUUUCACUCUGACUACAGUACACCAGUAACACAGCAACAGCCCAUUUGAUACAAGUGACUUGACAACAGUUAAGAGUCAAUUAUGUUGGUGUGGAGCCCAACCAGUCUCGGCAUACUCUUAUGUUGUCUGGGAGUUCUGUAUCAAUUGCUGCAGGAUGGAUUACUGUAGCUAAAACCAGACUUGCGUUGUUCACAUGGCACUUUGGAGGACCACAUAACAAAGGGGGGGAUGGAAGCCUGUUUAACUGCCACGUCCGUUCCCACCACCAAGUCAUUUCACUGGCAGUCCCUAGCACCAUUAGCCAUUGGUCGAGUCUACUGCGCCCCCGUGGAGAUUGGAGGGCAACUCUACCUCAUCGGGGGCUGUGAUGAGAGUGGGUCCCCCAUGAACAUCUGUGAGGUCUACUCCCCGGAAGCCAAUCAGUGGACCACCCUACCACCCAUGCCCACGGCAAGAGCAGGCGUUGCUGUGGCUCCUCUGGGGAAGCGAAUCUUAGUGAUUGGUGGCAUGGGAGUUCAGCAGAACCCUCUCUCUACUGUGGAGAUGUACAACGUGGAAGAAGGCAAAUGGGAAAAGAAGAAUCCCUUGUGCGAAGCUGCCAUGGGUGUCUCCGUGAUUGUCAAAGACUGUCAGGUGUAUGCGGUGGGUGGAAUGGGGUCAGACACGUAUCCACAAGCUCGCCUCCAGCAGUACGAUAUCACGAGUGACCUUUGGCAUGCGCUCCCCCCCAUGCCUACACCUAGAUACGCAGCCAGUACCUUUCUCCAAGGUGGCAAGAUCCACGUAUUUGGUGGGAGACAAGCAAAGAAUCCAGUCACCGCCUUUGAAGUCUAUGAUACUGAGGCAAGGUCGUGGGCCAAGUUUCCCAGCAUUCCUUGCCGGCGAUCCUUCUCGAGCUAUGUGAUGACUGAGAAGAGUUUUCUGGCUCUGGGAGGUCUCCAGCAGGCACGGGGCUACAAGAAGCCCAAGUUUGUCAGGACUGUGGAGGUGUUUGACAUUGAGCAGGGAAGCUGGAUAAAGACUACACGUCGCUUAAACAUGAAGACUAAGAGGGCAGACUUUGUGGCUGCAUAUCUCCAGGGAAGGGUUAUUGUGGCUGGAGGACUGGGUGACCAGCCAGCUGUCCUGAGCUCAGCUGAAGCCUUGAAUCCAGUGAAGAAUCGGUGGGAGAGGCUGCCGCCCUUGCCCACCGCCCGUUGCACCUGCUCCAGCAUAGUCUUUAAAAACCAUCUCUUCGUGAUCGGUGGGGUGUCACAGGGACCAAGCAAUGCCGUCGAAGCUCUCUCCCUCACGGACUCAUAAGCACUUGAGGCCGAUUCGUUACUUCAGAGUGGAAUAGGUGAGCUAUCAUCCAAAAGCCAGAUGGAGGUCUCUUCAUCCAAGGUUUUUUUUUUAUCUCUUUUGCUUCUGGAUAUAGAAG